CUAGGAGGGCUAUUAUGAUACUGCUGUAUGAGUUGCAGAAGCGGCUGGCCAACUUAAGGCCAACCACCACCGUCGUCACGACUGCCACCGGGUCUCGAUACAUCGAACCGAGGCGAAGGUCUUCCAGCAACGAGGAGGGUACGGGAACAGCUGCAUCCGGAAGCCCACAACAGCAGCAGCUAGAGUCACGUCCAUAUGGCUUCGUUGUAGACACCAAACCCGAUACCGUGCCCGCCUGCAUUCUAAGCGAGUUUCUCUACCUGGGUUCCCAGGAUGCUGUGACCGCGGAGAAUGUACUGAGAUACAAGUGGACACACAUACUUAGCGUGGGCAUUCCGACCCCCAGCUUUGGAGAUCUACAGCUGCCAACGCAGGUGAAAUGCAAAUACCUUCCCUGCCUGGACUUGCCCGAUGCCGACUUGCUGCGCUAUGUCCUGCCGGUGUCCAUUGAGUUUAUCGAGGAGGCUCGCCGGCAGUCGCCACAGGGUUGCGUGCUCGUCCACUGUAACGCAGGCGUCUCGCGCUCCGCCUCCGUUGUCAUCGGCUAUCUAAUGCAGCGGCGCGAUAUGAGCGCCGAGGAAGCCUACAACCUCGUCAAGUCCUGGCGGCCCUGCAUUCAGCCCAAUGCGGGAUUCAUGCAGCAGUUGAAAAGCAGCAAUAAAAAGCAACCACAGCAACGGACCCCAUGAAAGCCAUUCCACUCACAGGAACCAUCACACACCGCCGCC